AUGGCUGAAUUCAAAGCGCAAGGGGGCGUUGUGCCGGUGAAGAAGAAGCGAGGAGCCAAGAAGCAGAGGGACCCCAACAUGCCGAAGCGACCACUGAGCGCCUACAUGCUGUUUAUGAUGGAGAACCGGCCCAAGUUCGUGAAAUCUCUUCCGGCUGAUGCCAAAGCCACAGAGGUCAUGAAAGAGGGUGGCAAGCAGUGGAGGGCGCUGACAGCAGCCAAAAAGAAGAAAUACGAGACAGAGGCUGCAAAACUCAAAAAAGAGUACGCCAAGGAGAUGGAUGCCUACAAGGCGCAGCUUGCAUGA